AUGGUGACAAUAAUCCCCACUCAUGGAGCGGCUGUGCAGACGGAGUGCACCGAGCACAAGCUCAACCCCCUGAUGGUGGUGGUGAUCGCUUCAAACCCGGCCGCCCUCCCUGCAAACCCCGCCCCCUCUGCUGGGCAAUGUAUUUCCAGCCAAGAUGCCCGCUCCCUGGAGUCCACUUUCAAUGUACAAAACAAUGCGGGGGUGGUGAAAUUCCGGCGUACAGGCGAGAGCGCAAGGUCAGAGGACGACGCAGCUUCCGGAGAGCAUGAGGUCCAGAUUGAAGGGGUCCGCACGGGCCUAGAGGCCGUGGAGCUGGAUGAUGGGGCCGCAGUGCCCAAGGAGUUUGCCAACCCCACUGACGAUACUUUCAUGGUGGAAGAUGCGGUGGAAGCCAUUGGGUUCGGGAAGUUUCAGUGGAAGCUGUCUGUCCUCACUGGGUUGGCGUGGAUGGCCGACGCCAUGGAGAUGAUGAUCCUGAGCAUUCUGGCGCCACAGCUGCACUGCGAGUGGCGCCUGCCCAGCUGGCAGGUGGCCUUGCUGACCUCGGUGGUCUUUGUCGGCAUGAUGUCCAGCUCCACGCUCUGGGGGAAUAUCUCAGACCAGUACGGCAGGAAAACGGGGCUGAAGAUCAGCGUGCUCUGGACCCUGUACUAUGGCAUUCUCAGUGCUUUCGCCCCUGUGUAUAGCUGGAUCCUGGUGCUCCGGGGACUGGUGGGCUUCGGAAUCGGAGGGGUCCCCCAGUCGGUGACGCUGUAUGCCGAGUUCCUUCCCAUCAAAGCCAGAGCCAAGUGUAUUUUGCUGAUUGAGGUGUUCUGGGCCAUCGGGACAGUGUUCGAGGUCAUCCUGGCUGUGUUUGUGAUGCCCAGCCUGGGCUGGCGCUGGCUGCUCAUCCUCUCGGCGGUCCCACUCCUGCUCUUUGCCGUUCUGUGCUUCUGGCUGCCCGAGAGCGCGAGGUACGAUGUGCUGUCAGGGAACCAGGAGAAGGCCAUCGCCACCUUGAAGAGGAUAGCGACGGAGAACGGAGCGCCCAUGCCCCUGGGGAAGCUCAUCCUCUCCAGGCAGGCAGACCGAGGCAAAAUGCGCGACCUCUUCACCCCCCACUUCCGAUGGACGACGCUGCUGCUGUGGUUUAUAUGGUUUUCCAAUGCGUUCUCCUACUAUGGACUCGUGCUGCUGACCACAGAGCUCUUCCAGGCGGGCGACGUCUGCAGCAUCUCCAGCAGGAAGAAGGCGGUGGAGGUGAAGUGCAGCCUGGCGUGCGAGUACCUGAGCGAGGAGGACUACAUGGACCUGCUGUGGACCACCCUCUCGGAGUUUCCAGGUGUCCUGGUGACUCUGUGGAUCAUCGACCGCCUGGGCCGCAAGAAGACCAUGGCCUUGUGCUUCGUCGUCUUUUCCUUCUGCAGCCUCCUGCUGUUCAUCUGUGUUGGAAGAAAUGUGCUCACUCUGCUCCUGUUCAUCGCGAGGGCGUUCAUUUCCGGAGGCUUCCAAGCGGCCUAUGUUUACACACCCGAGGUGUACCCGACGGCGACACGGGCGCUGGGCCUGGGCACCUGCAGCGGCAUGGCGAGAGUGGGUGCGCUCAUCACUCCAUUCAUUGCUCAGGUGAUGCUAGAAUCCUCCGUGUACCUGACUUUGGCGGUUUACAGCGGCUGCUGCCUCCUGGCCGCCCUGGCAUCCUGCUUUUUGCCCAUCGAGACCAAAGGUCGUGGCCUGCAGGAGUCCAGCCACCGGGAGUGGGGCCAGGAGAUGGUCGGCCGAGGGACGCACGGUCCGGGUGUCACCAGGUCAAACUCUGGCUCUCAGGAAUAG